CACCUGGCUCUCACCACAUGGCCCCCUCUGCCGUCACUUCACAGGGCUUCUCACUCUCCCUCAGCAGCAGUGUGCAAUUCUAAUUAAAAAGGAAGAAAGUCUGUAUCAUCUUCUUCCAAGUGCACAGUCCUGAUUUUUGCAUGGGCAUGCGAGGAUGUGACCUGAAGAUUAUAUAAUUAGAAGGCAUUUGUUAUGCUAGCGUUUCAAAUCAGUGAUUAGCAUGUGACAGUCCCAUCCUGGGAGCCACCAUUGCUCUACUCUCUCCUGUCUUGCACAGUGCUAAUUCCCAACUCUAGCAACCGCCGGAGCUGAAGGAUCUUCAGCUAGCCUGGGGAGGGACUGAAAGUGUGCCUGUGACUACCCCUGCAACACAGAUUUCCCAGGCAUGUGUGUUAGGAUGUCUGACGAGGCCAUGACCAUCUGGACUGAGCCAUUAGAAGCGGACUCAAGCGCCUGAGUUCCCCGGGGUGGCUGUCCGCUUACCACCAGUGCUCCAGUUUUGGACUCAGUUUAUAACCAGAUGUUAGGCCGAAUUUCUGUUGUAAAGUUGCAGGCACUGGCCUCUGAGUUGAAGGCAGGUUUCACAGAAGCAAUGCAGGAGCUGUCACGAAUCCAGCAUGGCGAGUAUGCCCUGGAAGAGAAGGUCAAGAGCUGCCGCUGUGCCAUGGAAGAGAAAGUGGCUGAGAUGAAGAAUUCCCUCAACACGUUCAAGGAGGAGCUCAGCGAUGCCAAGUCAAUGAUUGAAGAAAUCAGUGCCAAGCAGGAGGAAAUGCAACAGAAAAUUGAGCAGCUGCAGCAAGAAAAGCGGCGGGAAUCACGGAAAAUGAAAGCUAAAAGAGCACAGAAAGAUGAUCAUGGGUCACAGACAGUACCAACACCUCUCCAGGGCAGCCCAUUUCGAUCCAUUAACCUCCCAGAACCUGUGCUGAUUAAUGAAGAUUUUACAAGUCUUUUACACAAUGUGACUUAUGAAAAAGUGUCUGACACCAGGAUCAUGCCAAUGGGAGAAGGAGGUGUGAAAGUCAUAGCAGGUCCAGGAGCAGCUAUGGAGACAGAUGACAGCCUCAAGCCUUCCUUGGCAACAGAAGGGCAGUCAAAAAUGCAUCUGCCAUCAACGGUAUGGAAGCAACCCAAGGACACCAAGGACUGGGGAGAUGAAUACAUUUCCAAAGAGCAACCGGAGAGAGGGAAAGACAUGGGCCAAAGCAGAUACAGCUCAGCGGACAUCAUAUGUGAACCCUCUUUGGCUGCCAAAAGGCAGAACAUCGCUUUGGAGCUGCUGGAAUCAGAAAGGAAGUAUGUCAUCAACCUUUCCCUAAUCCUGAAGAUCAAGGCCACGUUGCAAGGGCCAGAUGUGAAAAGAAGCACCAAAGAGAGAAGUUUUUUCCCCAACUCUCUGCGGUUCCUGGUCCAGCAGCAUGUGGAUUUACUUCACGCUCUGCAGGAGCGAGUCCUGAGCUGGCCACGACAAGGGAUCCUAGGAGACAUCUUCCUGAAGUUAACAAAUGAUGAGAAUAAUUUUCUGGACUACUAUGUUGCUUACCUGAGGGACCUGCCAGAAUGCAUCUCUCUGAUCCACGUGGUGAUCCUGAAGGAGGUAGAAGAAGAAAUCAAGUCUGAUCUCUACAUUCUGUUCUUCCAUAUAGUCCAGCGAAUCCCUGAAUACCUUAUUCAUCUACAGAAUGUCCUGAAGUUCACGGAGCAAGAGCAUCCUGACUAUUACCUGCUGCUGGUGUGUGUGCAGCGCCUCCGGGUUUUCAUCUCACACUAUAGUCUCCUCUUCCAAUGCAAUGAAGACCUGCUGAUACAGAAGAGGAAAAAGCUGAAGAAGUCAUCCCUGGUGAAGCUGUACAAGGGUCUCACCUCCCAGUGUACAAGCCAGGAGGUUUCUCCAACACCCAGUGCAGCAUCAAUGCGGGACAGUGGGAUCCACACUGAAGAGACAAUACAAUCAUUCCCGCCAGCACCUUCCUCUGGCACAACAACCCCGCAUUUGAUGCCUCAGAUGAAGAAACCCCAGCCAACCGUGAUUGAGAACAUCCAGGCUGUAAAGCCCCCUGACUGGGAGAUGGAAAGUAGAAAACAUGAGAGGCCAGAGAACAUCCUUGCAUCCUCUCAGCUGACAGAGCAGGAACUCAAGGCUUUGACAGCCCCCUUACAAUCCAUCCCUGAAAUGGAGUAUGAAGCACCACCAGCUGACGCGGUGGGAAACACUGAGAGAGCCAUCAGGACCUCCGUGGAGCUCCUGCAGGAUGCGAGGAACUUUGCACCAAGCUACGAAGAAUUUGACUACCCUGGGGAGGUUUUCACCAUGCCAGGCCCCUAUGAAGAAGACACCUUUCAAAACCUCGCUCUCUUUGAUAAUUGCUCUCCAGCCUCUUCCGAGUCCAGCUUAGAUAUUUGCUUCCUUAGGCCUGUUAACUUCACCUCAGAACCAGAGAGGACAGACCAUGCCUUACAGCCAUUGCCUAAGAGCUGCACUCCUGUGAGCAGCAGUACUUACAAGCGUGAGAUGUUCCACAGCAAAGGCAAGCAGCUGAGCAGGUCUCUGAAGGAGCUGCCGAGGAGCGCUGAGGGUGUGAGCACCAGACUCUACAGCACACGGAGCAGCAGUGGAAGUCGUCUGCAGCAGAAGCAGGAGAGGAAUGUUCAGCCUCACUUGAUCUCAGCUUCAUCUCGAAGCUCCCAAAGGAGCUACUUCCCCCCACAGAGAGGAGCGGGUGAAAAGCCGAGCUUUUUGGAAGAGCUCCAUGCAGAAGACAACACCAGGUUCUGCCAGAAGGAUGACAAUGAGCAAACAUCCUUCAGCGACCACAACCCGCGGCACGAGCCCAAAGGGGGUUUCCGGAGCUCCUUCCGCAAGCUCUUCAAAAAGAAAUAAGCAGCCCCAAGAAAGGCAGGCCACAGCCUAAGCACAACAGUGCUUCCCCAGGUCCCCGAGGGUGGAGACAGAUAGCAAGGCCCCAAGAUUCCCCUGACUAACACAGAGGGUGGAGGGGUGGGGGAGAGGAGACUGUCACUACUGCCUUACAAACGCAUCCUGCUCGUUCUAGUACAGGGCAGGGCCAGGCUUUGGGUUGCAGUGGAGCUCAACCAGCAUGUCCAAAAAGCACAGGAACUUGCUAGCUUUCAUCCCUGCCUGACUUAACUUCCCUCAGUUUUGGAAAGCUUUGGCUGAAUCCCACUAUCUUCUCCUCCCCCUCAUCCCCCAAAACGGCUUGAUUUGCCAUACAUCUUUGCUCUUCCAAACUCAUGCCAGGUCUUAUUUGGGCUCACCCACAACAGAAGGGUUACCUUUGCAGCCCUGCCAUCCUGGCCAGAAGUCUAAAAUUCCCUUCUUUCCUCUACUUUCCCAAAAACCGCAGCAUUGAAGAUGUCUUCCAGGAGGCCAGCUCGCAUUACCUGGGUGGUUUGAGAAGGUCUAAGAAGCAUUAGCUGAAGCACCUGAGUAUUGUACUGCUUAAUCAGCAACAUCCUUUCUUUUGGACUUCAAUCAUUCCCCAAAAUCCUCCUUCACCUUUCAUGUGGCGCCCUGUUUAUUGAAUUGCCUCCUGCUGUAUGAAUCUCUGCUCCUGCUGUCAGAAUUGCCCAUGUCUCCAGGCAGGUGAUGCAAGCUGAGCCCAGGGAUUGCCACAAGAGACAAAGACCUUAUCCCCACUGUGGAUCACUGACAGGGUCAACCAGUGUCCUGGCUCCUGGUCUGUAACACAUCUGAAAUACACUUUGCUAAUAAUUUUUUGGCCUGACACCACCUUACAAGCCCAAUCACGUACAGCUUUGGAAUGGUUCUUCCAGGUAAAAAUUAAGGCUCUAGGGCAGGAAAGUCAGUGGUGCACCAUGUUCAAAGUCAUAGUAUCUCCUUCUUCUGCAAGGACAGAACAAGGCCACACACAUGCCACCCUCCUCGCAUUUGGACAUGAGAAACCCUCCGCAGCUUUGAUCUCUGCAGAAGACUGUAGCUUUUGUAUGGAAACACAGCCCUCUGAAGCAACACCCAUGUCACACCCCAGCAGCAAGGGCACCACUGGUGCAGUGGUGUUACCAGUGUAGUACUACUGGUGAACUGUGGUGCUACCUGAAGCUGGGGCAUUCUGAGGGCAGUUUCAAGAGGAAAUGUGGUUUUAUCACCUUGUUUUGAAAAGCUUGGGACACCGGUUUGUCUUAAAGGACAGCUUCACCUUUAGAGGUUGUGAACUGUCUCUGUGGGGCCAACAGCAAUGUCUUGGGGGAAAUAUGAAAGGCUGUGAGAUUAGGGGCUUGGGACUCCCACCAUCAGCACAAGGGUGACUGAAUUUGGUGCCAAGAGAAGAGCACCCAUCAUGCUGCAUGGCUCUCCUGGCAGUGGCAACAGCACAGGAAAACCUCAGAGCAGGCUUGGAUGCAGUGGCUAAUAUCCACCGCAGAUGCAGGGCUUAGAGCUCUCCCACAGUGUUGACUGACCUGCAUUUUCCACCUGCUUUUCCUCUUCUGGUGGAAGCAAAGAGGUGUGUGUGAAAAGGGCACCUAAGACAGACAAAACCCAUCCUUUAUUGCAAUUAGAGUUUUCCCAACAUUUCAAGAACGUGACCAAGGAAAACCCCAGAGAUUAAAAUGUUUUAGCUGGUGCCAGUCCCAUAAAUUUCAAUGAAACUAAAAGUCAAUUCUCCUCUUUACAAAGAGGAAAGAAGUAUAUACUUUCCUCCCCUAGCUUUAGGAAACUACUCUGGGAAGAUUUUUUUUUAAAAAAUUUAAGGCUUUUAAUGGCAAAAACCCCCACCCUUCCAUUCUUUCCCUCUCCCUCACAUCCUCAUUAAAUUACAAAUUCCCUACCCCUUUCCAGUCAGGAUUACUCCAUGCUGACCAGCCACUGAAUCACAAAGACAAUUCCUAGGACUUGGCAGCUUUCAGUCAGAAUGUGUAGGGCCAUGAUAGAAAUACAUAAAGAGCCAGAUACCUGUAACUGAAGCAUCAGCAAAGCCUGUUUGUUCUGCAAAAGAAUCAGCCAUAGACAGAACUAUUUGUUUGUCCAUGGAACCAGAGUUGUACAAUUAUGGACAAGUGUCCACUGUACUGCACUAAUGCUGUCAAGGGCUCUGAUGCUUGGUGUCUUUGGUCUCAUAUAUGUAAUGACACUUCUGUCCUUCAUAGAACAAACCUGGUUUUCACACUUGCCAGGCAGAUGCCAGGACAGAAACAGGACAAAGGAGAAAACCUACCUGCUAACAUCUCCUGGGUGAGGAAAUCCUUCUGAAGUGGCAGACCCUUGCUUGUAAAAUGCAUGUGGAUUUUAGCUUCUGUUUUAGUGAUUUAAGGCACAGUCAAAAUUGAUGUUUUUUUCUUUCUGAUUCUGUAUGAGUUCUUACUUCCAGCCCUAUACUUAUCAUUUGCGAUGUCCUUGUACCUGCUCAGAAUCUGCAAAUGUAAAUAAUAUGAAUGAAUGAUGCUCACAACCACACACAAACACACAACCUCUUGCAGGAUCUAUUCCAAAUUCACCUUUAGUAUACAUGUGUGUUCUGGAUUAUUUUUCUUCCUGUGCCAAAUAAAUUUUGCUUUUAAUUAACACUGUUGUCUCUUGCCCUGAAUAAGCCAGAAGGCUGCAUCCAUUAAAAGAAACACUUGUUUCUCAGGUCCCUUUCUGAGGCAACAUUAGUUAAAAAAUCCUGUACCCUGACACACACAGUCAUGCAAGAAGACUGUUUUCUACACGUGGUUCUAAGACUCUUAUCCAGAACUCAGCUGAGUCACUCUCUAGGCUUCUGGUCAAGAUCCUGUUGUUGGUGUAGCUGACUGUGACAUUUCUUCAUCUCCUUCCUCCACCUCCUUUAC